AUGAAGCGCAAGCUCAUAUUCCAGGACGAACCUGAUAUCGAUCAACCAAGUAGUGGAUGGUCAUCCGAUGCAAAUGUUGGUGAGGUACGCAAGGGGCGGCAUACGCCGUGGACGAGGCAGUACCAGCAGAAUGCUUCGAUCUUGUUCUUUGGACCUAGAGCGACAGGCAAGUCGAGUAUAGCAGUGAUCGCUGGAGCCCUCCUCGGGUGGAAAGUCGUGGACUGCGAUCAUGAAUUCGUCACACAGACUGGAGCCACAAAACAGCAAUAUCGCGCCGAGCACGGGACAGAACAGUAUAGAGCAAAGAAACUAGACCUUGUCCAACACCUUCUCGGGCGGGAUCCAGAGCGUUGUGUAUUUGUCUGUGGGACAGUCGCACCUCGAGAAGAGAAAGACUUCCUCGCUACGUACGCUAGUCAGCACCCUGUCGUUUAUGUGGUCAGAGAACAAGCGCUCGUUCGACAAUGUCUUGGCCUACCUGAGGACAGCCCGUUAGAAAGUGCGUUGGAGCAAAUUCAUCGUUACUUCCGGCAACAUAGCAACUUCGAAUUCUUCAACAUUGACGAGAGGCAAGAGCCGGCAUGGCAGAGCGUGCUUUCCAGAUUUCUUCAUGAGAAAUCACUGGACGACUUCAGCGCUUCUAGGCCUCGGGUCCUUCGCAAGACACGACGCCACAUUGCAAAGUUGUUGCACAAUAUCUACGGACCUGCGUUCGAGAUCACGCAGCAUGGUGAUUCUCAUAUAUCCGAGACCAGCCCAGAAUUCAAGGAAGGAUCAUUUGUACUGCUGCUGGACCUCAAUAACAUCCGAGCCGAACCUGGAAGCCUUGACCUUGUCGAUACCGAUAUUGAUGCCGUACAAUUGAACGUGGAAGCAACCCCAGAGAACUGGAAGCUACUCUUGACCACCGAUACCUUGGCCUGGACGGUAUCUCUUCUCCGACGGAAGUUCGACGUUCCGGUGAUGAUAAGUAUCUGCUGUCCAUCUGCUUCAAAGAAUCUUUCGGCAUCGGAGCUCCGUCAUUAUCGGCAACUUCUACUUCAUGCUCUGCGACCUGCUCCAGAAUUUUUAGCCUUAGAUCUAAGCCUCGGCGACGAUGUCGUACGAGAUAUAGUACGGUCCAGAGGUUACACCAAAGUCGUUGGAUCUCUCCAGCAUUGGCAAGAUGAUGAAGAGACAGUAGGCGCCAAAGACCUGGUGAAGGCAUAUCGUCGCGCCAGUGAGCUGGGCUGUGAGCUGGUCGUUCUGCGCGGCUCCUCGCGGUCUGAUUGUGACAGCUUCAAGUGCCAGGAGGUCUAUAAGAGCAUCGCUCAGAUAGAUCUUUCGACACCUGCAGUCGUGAUCGAUCAGGGCAGUCAUGGGCGCCUAUCGCAGGUAUUGAAUCGCACCAUGACCCCAGUCGUUGCGCAUCCUCAGGAGAGAAUGUUAGCCUUGACAAAUAGUGCUUCUGCUGGCCUCACGACCGCCCAGCAACUCAGGAUCAUUCGGAAGAUGCUGGUGCCAGAAAUCAGAUCGCGUUUCUACGUGUUUGGGGCAGAGGUCAGGGAGAGUCUUUCUCCUGCGAUGCAUAAUGCCGCUUUCACAGCUUGUGGGCUGCCCUACACGUACGAAGUGCGUGAGACCGGCGACCUCAGUGUUCUGCAGCGAGUUGUCAAUGAGCCGUCGUUUGGAGGCGCCAGUAUCUCCUUGCCGUUCAAGUCACUCGUACUGCCACUGGCAUCAAGACACAGCCCUGCAGUCGAACUGAUUGGUGCUGCGAACACGUUGCUACCCUACUCAGAGCAGCGUGGCAAGCCUCAGCAGCGCGAAGGCGAAUCAUUUGGUGAGGCUGCGCCUGAGUUAGUGGCGGAAAAUACCGACUGGAUGGGUAUUCACACAUGUAUUGCAAAGCACACAACACCAGCCAACCACAUCACGGAGAAUACAUCGGCAAUCGUCAUCGGCGCUGGCGGCAUUGCUCGAGCAACAAUCUACGCGCUCAUGAAACUUGGCGUUGGGCACAUCUGUAUACUCAAUAGAACGAUGGCCAAUGCGAUCAGGGUCAAGGAACACUUCGAGACUGUCUGCAGCGACCUAGACGAUACCCUCUCAGAGCUGAGUGCAGAUUCUGAGGCGUCAGCAAGCGUUCCUCGAUUUCACGUGCUCAACGGAUGGGAUGCGCCGUGGCUGACCGAUGUGCCACAUCCCAGUAUUGUCGUUUGUGCAAUACCUGUCUUUGACACAGAGGCUUCCACAGAAUACCCACCAGAAAUACGACAUGAUUGGUUUGAGAACCGCACAGGAGGCUUGAUCGCGGAUCUCUCUUGGAAGCGUCGCAAGACGAAGCUCGGAGCACAAUUAAGCUCAGGUAAACCUCGCGGAUGGAAGUGUAUCGAUCCCAUCGAGGUCUUGUAUGAGCAAGGAGCCCAGCAAUUUCCUUUCUUCGCGAAGUGCAAGGCACCGAGGAGGGCAAUGCUCGAGGCAUUUCUUAAGCAAUAUAAGAUCACGUACGAAAACACAUGA